CGAAAGGCAUUCGUCAAUAGCGCUAUGGUGUAACAAGUCGACAGCCCAAGCGCUUGACGACUUGCUACUCUAGAUUGUCCAUAUACGUAUACGCGUCCGCAUAAAAUGCGCUCUCUAGUGACUCAAAGGGCACCUGCGGCGAGUUGUGCGUCGAGCACCCUUCGGCAUUCAGCGCGCGGACGGGCCAGCUGCGUGGCCGUGCAAUGUUCCGCUCAUCGCUGCCACUACCGUGUGCUGGGUGUGAGCCGCACGGCCAGCGGUGACGAAAUCAAGUCGGCCUUUAGGAAGCUCGCCAAGGAGAAACACCCAGAUGUGGCAGGGCACACUGCGGCGGCAAACGAGGAGUUCAAAGCCGUCAAGGCUGCCUGGGACGUGUUGGGCAACACAGAGUCAAAGGCGCAGUAUGAUGGAGAGCUGCGGGCAGCGGCGGCUGCCCAGAAACGAACAACGCCUGCCGCGUCUGCCACUGGCAGCCGGGCCGCACAACACCGCCCAAGCGCCCGAAGCAGCCCUGUGGACUGGGGCGUCCCCUCCAAGCCGCCGCCGCCAGUGCCUGCGGGCGCCCGGCACAUGCGCACCCCGCACGAGGCCGCGGGGCCACAGUUUGUGAGCUUCGUGGGCGUCACCCAACCGCAGCCGCCACACGCCACGGCCGGGCACACAGCCCACAGCAGCGCAGCCGCCACCACCGCCUCCUCCACGUCUGCGCCAUCAGCGCAUGCCAGUGCGUCGUCGUCGUCGGCAUCAACGGCGUCCGCACGUGGAUCUCAUUCGCCGCCGGGUUCAGCGGGAGCUUGGUGGGCGCACUGGCCGCCGCAGCAGCCCAACAGUCAGCAGCCGCAGCAGCCGCACGCACAGCAGCAGGCGGCCGCGGCGACAGCCCACCACGGCGUGCGCAGCCGGCACGCUGCAACCAAGUCUCGCCGGGUGGUGCGCAGCUUCCACCCAGUGGACGAGGGCCCGGCGCAUCCCAUGCCCGCGGGGGCGUCGCGCAUGCGCAUGGACACAGAGGAGGAGUCGUUCGUGUCGUUUGUGGGCGUGCACACCCACUCGCACCAGACGGAGCAGGAGUGGCAGCCCGGGCACCGCGACCACGUGGCGCAGCUGGCCCAGCAACAGAUGGUGAUGGAGCAACCCCGGCAGCAGCAACAGCAGCAGCACCACGCCCCGCACCACGCGCAACACAGGCCGCACCAGGAGCACCACCAGCAUUGAGCGUGCGGAGCGCGGAAGCAGCGGUGCGCGGAAGAGGUGAAAGCUGAAGCAAUAGAUGCAUGGGUGCCGAGUGCGCAUAGGCGGGGCCAGGGGCUUCUGACUGCGCGCUGGAAGUAUGCCCUGAGCCGAGGCGUGCAUGGUUAUGCCCGAAAAAUAGUUGGCACUACGUAUCAGCGACUUGUGCGGCUUACACCGCAAAAAGUCAAGAAGAUAAACACAUUGUAUCUGAGCUGCGGUAUGGUGGAACAACCUGAGGCCGCUGCGAUGCUGGGUGGACUCUGUGUGUGUUUGGCCCUGGAACACGGUGAUGAGCCCGGCGAGUCUUUUGUAUGCCUGUGUUAAAGGCUUUGGGACGUCAUACGACUGCCAAGCACCAAUGAGUAUAGCAGACGUGUAAUGCGGAGGUGUGUACAGCUGAGCGAAGACAAGAAGAUGGAGGACGCGUUGGAGUCAAGGGACAUGAACGAUUCGGCUAUCGUUAUGUCAUCGUUACGAGCACUGAUGACAACUGCAUUACCUUUCCUGUUUAUCGUACCCUUGCAUGUAAGAGCGGCGGAUA